CAUCGCUAGCGCAGAGCUGUCAGCCGAGACGUUUGGAGCUGCCAACCUAGCAAUCAACAGUGACUGUCGUUGCACCUCUAAACCAGUAUAUGUGUCUCGCCUACAUGCACACCUGACUGCCACCCUUCAGCCAACUGAAGCGAAUACGAGCCGGACACCACCAGCGAAGAACGGACUGGAUAUCGACGGUUGGGCGAUCUAGGCAAUUGACCGCUUGGCUCGGCACAGAAACAUCGCACGCCACCAAGACGAUAAACACACUCAGCACCAGCAAUCACAGCCCACUAUGCUCGUCUCCCUAACCGUCGGCAAGGUUGACGCCGGCGUCACUGUGCUUCUGACGCCGGACAAGCGCCUAAUCGAGUUCCCUUCUAUCCUCCUACCCCCCAAUAUCUCCUCCGGUAGCAUCGUCGACAUCACUGUCGCUCGCAACCUGGGUUCAGAGGCAAAGACAGAACAUGCCUUCCGCGAGCUUCAGGACCGCAUCUACUCCGCUUUCGGGGCCAGCGCGCCCGCGAUUCCCAUCCUUCGCUGCCGCAACGCGACGCAGACCUCCGUCGUCCUCGAGUGGGACCCGAUCGAGCUCGCGACUGCCGACCUCAUCUCCCUCUCCCUAUACCGCAAUGGUCAAAAGGCCGGCAGCAUCCCCCGCCCGCUGCAGAUGCACAGCACCAAGAUCAGUGGCCUCGCCGUCGACACGGAGUAUACGUUCCAUCUUAUUCUGCGCACCACGGCCGGUACCUUCAGCUCCGACAAGGUCGUCGUGCGUACCCACAAGAUGACGGACCUUAGUGGCAUCACUAUCACCACGGGCAUCAUGCCUGCCGCCACGAAAGAGGCGCUGGCCUCCGCCGUCGACCGCAUCGGCGCCAAGAUCGUCGACAGCGUCCGUAUCGAUACAACACACUUCGUCACCACCGAAGGCCGCGGGCUGGCAUGGGAGAAGGCCGUCGAGACAAACAUCCCUGUCGUCCGGCCCGAGUGGGUUGAGGCGUGCGAGAAGAACGGCCGUAUCCUCGGUGUUACCAAGUUCUACCUUGACGCCCUCAGGCCCGGCCCCUCGAGCGAUGAGCUGCAGCAAGCGCCGACUCCGCCCCAACCGCAGCAGACCCCUCAGAUGCAGAAGGAGCUACCGACCCCCCCUGCUGUCAACACGUCAGAGAACGACUACGAGGUGGCCGCCACGUCUGCCAAGUCCCCCGAAGGGGAGAGCGAGAAGCCUGCAUCCAAGGCGGAGGACGCUGAAUCUACCGGCGACGAGGAGAAGGAAGCAGAGCAGAAGAGGAUCGCAGACCAAGAGGAGCAGAAGGUGCGACUGGAGGACAAGGACGAGCAGAACCUCGCUUAUCGGUCAAAGGCGGAGUCGGAUUCGGGCAGCGAGGAUGGCAGAGGAGAAGAAGACAACCCAAGCAAGAAGCAGAAGACUGGCACCUCCCCUGACGGAGCAUCCUUCCAGGACGUAGCCUUGUAAGUCGGGCGGUGUAAGAAUAAAGGUGUUUGCGGUUCCUUUCACAGCACGGAGUUACGUAGAUGUUUCGUGUCCAGUGUACGACUACCCAUUUCUUCACGACACAUAUAGACAGUUAUCAUGGAACGAUGAUGCCAACG